AUGAAAUUAUUUUGGUUUGUGAUAUUUCUUGUACAAUGUUUUAUUUGUAUUAAUGCUAAAUGGGUACGUGAUGUUGAUUCGAAAAUUGUCGACGAAAUUAAACAAAAUCCGUCCAUUGCUUAUUUAAUUCAAUUUCAUGCACCAUGGUGUGGACAUUGUCGAAAAUUUGAACCUAUUUAUGAAGAUAUAGCAAAAGAAGUCUAUGAUUUAUCGACAAGUAUUGAUGAAUUUAAAAAUAUUCGUAUUGUACGUGUCGAUGCUACUGUUUAUACUGAUGUUGCUAAUCGUUAUGAUGUACGCGGUUAUCCAACAAUAAAAUUUAUUCGUGGUUCACAAAUAUUUUCUUAUGAAAAUGAAAGAUCAAAAUCAGCUGUUUUAGAUUUUUUACGACGUGUUAAUGGACCUGCUUUACGUUGGAUUCCAUCUAUAGGAAAAUUUAAUGAAAUACGUCGUCAACAUGAUGCUUUCUUUAUGUAUGUUACAACAAAUCAUGAUGAUGAUGAUGAUAAUUUAUUUAAUCAAUAUAAAAAUAUUGUUAAUCAAUUAUUAAGUCAAACGUAUUUCUAUGCAACAAAUGCUUCAAUUAUACAACAAACAUAUUUUUCAAAAUAUAAGACAGAUGCUAAAUCACAAAUAUUUGCUAUAAAAACAGAAGGAUUUUAUUUAUAUAAACCCAAUGAUUAUAAUAAUAAUUUAGAACAAUUUAUAAUUAAAGAAAAAGUUGCUACAUUUCCACAAGUUUCAUCAGGAAAUAUACAUGAUUUAAUUGUGACAAAAAAAAUUCUUAUUAUUUAUGGAUUUAAAGAUCAACACGAAAUAUUUGCUCAAAAACAAAAAAGAAAUGAACUAAAAACUCAAAUGCGUAACUAUAUGAUGAAACAUUUAUCAACACUUCGUGAUACAUUCCAAUUUUCAUGGUCAAAUGAUCUUGAUUUACUCAGUAACAUUGAUGAUGAUGGACAACAAAGUAUGGGUGAAGAUGAUGAUGAAGAAUAUGAAGAACGUAUUGUUCAAAUUGAACCAAGAUUUAUUGAAAAUUUUGUUAAACCAAUUGAUGCACGUGAUAUACCAACAUGGCCAAUAAUGACAGAUGAUAGUCAAAAAACAAUGAUUGAAAAAAAGAAAGAUUAA